AUGCCUACUGAACAAGCUCGGCCAUCAUUCUAUCUACUCCCCCCAGAACGAUAUCUACCAGCAUCGGCCCUAUCAACUUGGCUCGGCCGGAUCGUCAAAUCCUAUUCCGAGCCAGACGCAAAUUUUGUGCCGGAUGAUCCGAAGCCCUUUGUAACACACGAAUUUGCAAGAAGCACCAUCGCCAACGCCAGCCUCGAUGCAUUAUCAAAGCGGAACACGUCGUUUGCUGCCAAACUCGGCGCAACUGUCGAUGUCUCCCGAGAAACCAGUAAUGGCGGGGGUCUCUCGUUCACUAGCUCUGAGGUCGUCUGUGUACGUCUUCAGAAUUACGAUCAGGUUUUUGAUCGGUUGAUUCAACAUGAGGAGACAAGAUCUCAGCUUCAACGAAUGCUAGCUCGCGGCGGCAAUGCUGGGUUUCAUGGUUACUGCGGUUCUCAUCUGGCAGGAUGCAACGUUCACGCACUCAAGAGAGCGUGGGGUCACAACCUCGGCCGGUGUUUCGGUGCCUGUGUCUACGAUUGGGUUUCCGGGUCGCGAAGUCGCCAAGAUACAGCCGAGUUCUCUGGUGAAAGCGCCGGGAGUAACAUCUUUGCUCUCCAGUACAAGACUGUGCGGAGAUCGGUUUUCCAGUCGUUCUUGGGUAUGAACAACGGCAUGAUGUUGAAAGUAAAGGGUCCAGAUUUGCCAGCUUCGCAGUCUUUUGCGAAGAAACACCGUGGAGAUGACGAAUCUGAGUCUGGGGAGAGUGAUCCCAGUAGCGACGCAGAAAGCGACAGAGAGGAUGAGAUCGAGAGUGAUGACAAGUCUAACGAUGAUUACGAAGCAGUCAAGAAUGCUAAGGUCGUCCUGGAGAUGGACGAGGAUAGCAUUACCUGGGCCGAUGCACUCGAUGAGGAGGAAGAGGGGGUGGAGCGUGUUGAUAUUAGCCUCGGUGAGGUAGAAAUGGAGUUUAUAUUUCAAAUUGAAAACGUAACAUUUCGAGGACAUAAGGAGGGGGUGCCACGAAUGUGA